CUCUCUUUGCACUAAAAAAUGACCCUUUCUCUCUAAACUUCAAAAACGAUCUCCGGUGCACUGCCUUUUCUUCGGCAACUUCCUUCUCUCCGGCGAACGCUUUGCUGGAGAUUUCUCCGGAUCUCAAAUUUUGGCCAUCAGAUAAGGUGAGUGAUUUGCAAAGAAAUGACUUAACAGUCAAUACCUCUCAAACAACCUUUGCUUUAGCCUUUGUUUCUUAUUUGUGUGUUUGUGCGUUUGUGAAUUUGUGGGUUAUAUUGGCUUUGACUCUCUAGUUAUAUUGGCUUUGUUGACAUUGUCGGUUAAAUAACAAGACAGGAGUGAAAUUUCAUUGGCUUUGACUCUCUAGUUAUAUUGGCUUUGACUCUCUACCGUAAUGACACUCAUAUUUACUUCAAAUCUUUUAUUGCAAAUUUCAUUGCAAAGUGGUGCUCAGCUAGUCUUCUUCUAUGUUUCUGAAUACAGGAUUGUAAACAAGAUUGUACAAAUUCACAAUCAUAAUAUUUUUGGUUCACAGAUUUAAUCUUGGCUCUGACCUGCUCUUAUUCUACAUCUUGCAAACUCUUGUUUUCCCUCUGUUUCAUAUUAACGGACUUAUUGUUCUCCAAUACAACAAUAAUAACUACUUUUAUGGUAUUUAAUAUGCUGUAGGAUCUUAUUGUGUAAGAAAAUAUUAAUGGAGCAUGAUGAUGUAGAGUCCAAUGAAAUAAGUGUUUCAAGUUCAAAAAGACGACGUAAUACUACUUCUAUUGUGUGGGAUUUCUAUAAGAAGUUGCCAUUGGAUACAAAUACUGAUAAUAGACUUAAAGCUAAAUGUAAAAAAUGCGGGAUAAUAUUUUUGGCUGACUCAAAAGCUGGAACAACAAAUUUAAAGCGACAUCUAGCUAAGCACAAGAUUGAAGCAUCAAAGUAAGGUACGACAAUUGAUCAUAAAGAAUAUCGUGAAGUUGUAGCCAAGGCUAUUGUUAGACAUAACUUGCCAUUUAGUUAUGUGGAAUAUGAAGUGGUUAGAGAAGUGCAUGCAUUCUUGAAUCCUGCGGUUAAAACCAUUUCAAGAAAUACCGCAAAAGUUGAUGUGCUUAAAUUAUAUCAUGAUAAAAAAGAGAUGGUAAAAAAUGAGCUUGAAGCUAUUCCGAAUAGAAUCUGUUUGACAUCUGAUUUAUGGUCCUCAAUUACAUCAAAUUGAUAUAUUUGUGUUGUUGCACACUAUGUUGAUUUGAAUUGGGUUUUACAAAAGAUAGUUUUAAUCUUUCGUCAUGUGCCUCCUCCUCAUAGUAGUGCUAUUUGGGUCCAAAGUUGAUUAAUCUGUUGAAAGAAUGGGGAAUUGAGAAGAAAAUAUUUUCUAUAACUUUAGAUAAUGCAAGUUAUAAUGAUGGUGUUGUGGGUUGCUUGAUUGAGCAAAUUAUGUUUUGAAUUUGAUUGUUAAAUCAGGUUUGAAAACAAUAGAGGGUUCUAUUUUUAACAUUAGAGAAAGUAUAAAAUAUAUUAAAGGUUUUGAGUCAAGGAUUGUAAAAUUUGUUGAGUGUAUAAAGAAUCUUGGUUUAAAGUUGACGAAAAAAGUGCGCCAAGAUGUGUCUACAAGGUGGAACUAUACAUAUUUGAUACUUGAUAGCGCUUUUCCUUAUCGUCGAGCAUUUUCUGACUUUAAGAUACUUGACAAAGAUUUUACAUGUUGCCCUUCAAAUGAGGAUUGGGUUAAAGCUGAAACAAUUGCUAAGUUUUUAAGGCCUUUUUAUGAAAUCAGUACACUAUUUUCUGGGAGCCAUUAUCCUACCGCCAAUUUAUAUUUUCAUAAAGUUUGGAAGAUUCAUAUGUUGAUAAAGGAAUAGAUAGGUAGUGAGGAUACCAAUAUUAAGGCGAUUGCUAUGGAAAUGGAGAAGAAAUUUACAAAAUAUUGGCAAGACGACUACGGUCCAAUUGCUUCUAUGGAGGGCGCCCUAUACUCGAUAUAAGUUAAAAUUGAUAAAGUUUUGCUUCUCAAAACUUUAUCCUUUGACUUGCAAUGAAAAAGUUAAGACUGUUGAGGAUAAUUUGCAUAGGUUGUUUAAAGAAUACAUGACAAUAUCCGAUGUUGGAAUUGUUGGAAGUAGUAGUCAUGGAUGUUAUGAUGAAAUAAUGGACGAAAUGGAUGAAUUUGACAUGUUUGAAAGUCCGUCUGAGUUUUGUUUAGAAAAGACACAGUUGGAUUUAUACUUGGAAGAGCCUUUAUUAGUUCGCAAAGGAAAUGAAAAUUUAGACGUGCUUAUAUUUUGGAAAGAUAAUAGGAGUAAGUAUCCUGAACUCUCAUUGAUGGCUCGUGACCUGUUAAGUAUACCUAUCAGCACAGUUGUAUCUGAGUCAGCAUUUAGUGUUGUCGGUCGAGUUAUUAGCAAAUUCCAGAUUUCUAUUCUACCGGAGAAUGCAAAAGCUAAAUUGUGUUCUAGAGAUUGGAUUUAUGGGCAUCAAGCAUGUGAUGAUUCUGAAGAGGAGGACAUUGCAAUAGAUGUGGAGAAAAUUGCCGCUACAAUCUUUACUUAGAAUUGUGGAUGUAGAGCAAGGAGGCAGAGGCCCGAGCUAAUAGGAAUUUAUAAAUAUGGAUUGUUGAGUUAUAAUGAGAUAUAAGUUUCGAUACUUUCUGAUAUUUUGCUAUAGAAUUUGGAGAUGAAUGGUAUCUCCAGAACUCUCAUCCAUUUGUAAAAACUGUCCUCUUUCUCU